UACAGAGCUAUUCGUACAGACAGCUGACUGACUAGAUUACGAUACAGCUUGUGUUUGGAACCAGUCAACAGUCUUUAGCUGAGAAAGAUGUCUGACAGGAUCGUCUAGUCGUGAAAUUUCAGCUUUUAAAAAGGAGCACAUGAGAAUUUUGACUUUGGUACAACAUUGGUGUGCUACUGGUUCGCGGAAAGGAAUGGAGGUGGCUCUGGCUUUUUGUGUUGGCCUGAUUUUUACCGGUUAUACCUAUGGUGCGGUACGUAAUGGCACGGAAAAGUUACUGUUCAGGGACCUGUUCCGGACUUAUGAUACCACUCCACGGCCCAUCAACAAUAUCAGCCUUCCUGUAGUCAUCAAGUUUGGCGUGGCUCUCAAUCAGAUUCUCGAUCUAGAUGAAAAGAAGCAGGUGAUGACGACUUCCAUGUGGAUACAAGAGAGCUGGGUGGACGAGAACUUACAGUGGGAUCCGAACGACUAUGCCGGACUUGACACAUUGAUGGUGGCCUCUACAUACGUGUGGAUCCCCGAUAUCUUCAUCUUUAACACAGCGGGAGGAGAGCUAGAUGGCUUUGUGAACGUAACAGGAAGUAAGCUGAUGAUCAAGAGCGAUGGCGGGAUAAAAUGGACAGUUCCGCUGAUGAUCAAGAGCGCAUGUUCAAUGGAUGUCAAGUUUUUCCCAUACGACAGUCAGAGGUGCAGGAUAAAUUUUGGAUCUUGGAUAUAUGAUGGAACAAAAAUUGACUUGCAGGCGUAUCCAACCAAACCUGACCUUGGGGGGUACAUGCUUAAUAGUGAAUUUGACCUUCUGGGCGUUACAUUGAACCGGACAGUAGCCAAUGAGACAUGUUGUCCCGGGCCAGGAAGUCACCCCAUGAUAAACUUUGGCCUGAGAAUCAAACGCAAAUCUAUCUACUAUGACUAUAUUGUGAUUGCCCCAACCAUAAUGCUUUGUGUCCUUACACUUGCUACCUUCCUCUUGCCCUGUCACCACGGCGAGAAGAUAUCCAUUGGUCUAACGGUGUUUCUGACAUUAUAUGUGCUCCAGCUGCUGAUUGCUGAAAAUGUGCCUGAUACCAAUACAACACCUAUCUUAGGUAUCUUUAUAUUCCUAGUAAUGACCAUGAACUGUAUAUCGAUGAUAAUGGCUACAGUAGUUCUCAUCAUAAAGAAACAUGGCGGCCUUAAGCCGGUUCCCAUGGUUCCGGCGUGGGUCAUGUGGUUCUGUGAGACCUGCCUCAGUAAACUUGUCUGCACCAAGAUUCGUUCCUGGGACUUUCAGUUCGAUCUUUGUGCUGAGGAGCGUGAUUAUAUACCCCCGUCACGUGACCGACCCUGUCUCGUGAUGACGGACCCCUUGGGAAACCAACACCACAGAAUGACGGACUAUAGUCCGGAAACGGCCGAUACCAUAACCGGAGUAUAUGACGGACUAGAUGUCGGGGAUUAUGUACAGAUGAAUGUGUGCUACAACGACAGCGAAAUCGUUACAAAUUCCGAGAGAAAACCUCAGGGAAAUGGAAGUGUGCCUCAGUGCUCAUCAACUCAUUUAGGUCCCAUUAAAAAAGAAAUGGAAAUAGAAGCAGACGACGGUCAGUGCUCUUCUUCCUGUGACAUGACGUCAUAUCGGCGGAUGUUGCGUAACAGACGAUCAUAUAGACGAGCGUUGCAUACUGACGAUAUGGAGGAGGAAACUGUGAGUCUUGACAACGAAUCUAGUCAGUCUUCCUCCCAUGAAGAAUACAUGGAACAGGUGUUUCGAAUAAACAGGUCACGAGCUGUAAUGGAGCGGAAACGCCAGUGGUAUUUCGUGGCGGAAGUUGUCGACAAAGCAUUGUUUUUGGUAUACCUGGUCAGUAUGUUUGUUACCAUAACGACAGUUCUAGUCAUAGUUCCGUCUGCGGCACCAUCAACGUAAAGCGGCACCUGUUGGUCAUCUUGAUGUCAUCUUAUCUAUUAUUCAAACCCGCCACCUAGUGGUAACAAACACGAGCUUUCCAAGUGACCGUCCAUUCAUAAUCGAACGCGUAUGGGAAAAACACGAUAUUUAUAUUAUCAAGAUGCUAUUAAGUCACCGACAGUGUAUAUGAAUAAGGUGACAUAUAAUUAUAUAUAAUUAACACCAACGAUUAAUACAAAACAAACAUGACAGAGCCCUGAUAAUAAUCACUUAUCAGACCAAAAAAUACUUACCAGAUAUGACGGCGGGGUACGAUAGAAUUAGGGAUGAAAUUGAUUGGUGUUAUAUAAAGAAAUACAACAGCCUGUCCUUGUUUUCAGUCACUCAUAAUUGUCGGAGACGCAGCAACUUUAAUCGUGUUAUAUUUACAUUUACACAGCAGCCCCACUAUAUAACUUUACCAAGCUCACUUGGAAGUUAUGAGUCCAUAACUUCCAAA